AUGUACUGUGGAAAUAGUACUCAUCUAAGAGUUAGAAGAUCCAAAUUCUUAUUCCCCUCACUGCCACGGUCUUUGUCAGCUUCCACCUUGACGUGCCGUGGCCAGGACCAAAAAGUGCAGAAGGUGAUGGUGCAUACCAUCAUCCUCAUCUUCAGAUCUUUGCAAAAUAGAUUUCAGAUUCAGGUGUGGCUUCAUAACCAAGCGAACAUGCGGAUAGAGGGCUGUAUCCAUAGUUUUGAUGAGUACGUGAACCUCGUAUUAGAUGAUGCCAAAGAGAUUCAUUAUAAAACAAAGUCAAGAAAACAACUGGGACAGAUCAUGUUAAAAGGAGAUAACACUACCCUGCUCCAAACUAGAACUGAUCGAUGAAGUGAGAAAAUUUUUUUUUUAAGAUUUUAUUUAUUUAUUUGACAGAGACAGAGACAGCCAUCGAGAGAGGGAACACAAGCAGGGGGAGUGG